CAUCAAGGCAAAUCGGCUGGUGGGCCCACCCCUGCUCGCGUCGCUGCAUCAUCGUGACCCGAGAGACAACUCCCGGCAUUCUCAAGCUCGGUUCGUGACGACCGGGAUUCGGAGGAGGAAAUGUGAAGCGCCCUCCCUUUCAAUCAUUGCCUCUCAUCGUUUUCUCGAAUCGCGUCGUUGAGCACCCCAGUCGGCUCCUCAACAGCCUAUCCAACGGCCCGUCAUGUCCGCGUCUCUCGACGACCUGCGCGAUCUCUCCCCAGUCGAUGACGAGAAGGACGAGGUCGACUCUCUACCCUCCAUUGCCACAAGCGACAUCUACUCCGACGCGUCACUGUCGGACUCGGACGCGCAGGAAGAAUGGGAUCGUAGUCUGGAGCAGCUGCAGCUGAUGCUGACCAUGAUGAUCAUACCGUUUGUGGGGAAAUACUUUGGCCGCAAGUUUGCCUAUUGGAGUUGGGGGAAGUACAUGCACUGGCUACAUGGGGUUGACAUCAAGUUCACGAACAAGAAGGCGUUCAAAGCUGCUGGUGCUAUGGAAGCUGCAUCGAGCUUGUAAAGACGUUCUCAAAGAAGGGUUUCAUAACGGCGUGAAGGCAUAUACAGGAGUCUUUUUGUUUUCGGAAUACGGAACAAGACUGUUCAUUGAUCGUCUUUCCACGUGAAGGGGUGAAGCACCGGCUGACCAGCCAGGAUCCGAUACAUGGCGUCCAACUUUAUUGCUGCUCGGAAAG